AUGAAGGUCGAGAUUGCCAUCGACCCCAACGCGCUCCAGACCCUCGCUUCGCGCGUCGCGCCCGCCCCGGCCGCCGCCAACACCCGCGCACCCAAGGCUGCCGCCGGCGCCGCCCGUGGUGGCCGUGCUCCCCGCACUGGCGGUGCCCCUCGCGCACCCCGCGCUCCCCGUCCGGCCAAGAAGACCGCCGAGGACCUGGACGCCGAGAUGGCCAACUACAAGGCCUCGUCCACCGCCUGA